AGGACCUGCACCAGCCUCGGUUUUCAGACAUCCCUGGACUAUCACCCGCAAAGGAUUUACUUUUUGUCCUCUGAGUAAAGCUUCUGAAGCUGGAAGCCUGAGGAAACACUGUCCGUUAUCUUACCUAUGUCUUCAUUAACCAUGUCAGUGCAGAUCACGGCUCUUCACGUGUUAGGCAUUCUGUAUCUGACCGGCAGCAGUUAUGGAUCUGAAUUAAGUGUCCCAGUGCCGAUCUCAUGCGGGAUCCGUGCGGCGGACCUGCCCGACUCCACCCAGGUGGUGCUGUGUCCGGCGAACUGCACCCUGUGGAAGCUCUCUGUGUUCGGCUCAGGGGUCUACGCCUCUGUUUCUAGCGUGUGCGGUGCAGGAGUGCACAGAGGGAUCAUCGACGUGUCUGGAGGUCCGCUGGAGAUCCAGAGAGUCGCGGGCAGGUCCAACUACCUCAGCUCUUACGCACAUGGCAUCCAGUCCCAAGCUCUGUCUCGGUGGAGUGCAUCUUUCACAGUGGCCAGAUCUAUCAGCUCCCCUAUGGAAGUAUCUGGCCAAACCACCUCUACACUCCCAGCACCUGGAACAGUGAAGAAAACUGUCAAAAAGGCCCCAAAGAAACCUCCAGCAGCAGAGAAUCGAAGCUGCCAGGUGGACGUUGCGCUGCUGCUGGACAGCAGUUACAACAUCGGGCAGCGACGCUUUAACCUGCAGAAGAACUUCAUUGGCCGACUAGCAGCAAUGCUAAAAGUGGGACCAGAUGGACCACGAGUGGGGGUGGUGCAAGCUAGUGAGACGCCACGGAUUGAAUUCUACCUAGGCAACUACAGCAUGCCUAAAGAUGUGAUUUUUGGCCUGAAAGAUACAUCUUACAUAGGGGGCAACACCAAUACAGGCAAAGCCAUAUUACACACAGUGAGGAACUUUUUCAACCCUGAGUAUGGCGUGCGGAGAGGACACCCGCGGGUAAUUGUGGCCUUUGUAGAUGGAUGGCCAUCUGAUAACCUGGAGGAUGCAGCAGUAAUGGCGAGAGAGUCUGGUAUCAAUGUGUUUGUGGUGUCCGUGGCCAAACCUAUCCCUGAGGAGAUGGGCUUGGUGAGGGAUCAGGACUACACAAAGAAAGCUGUCUGCAAAGACAAUGGUUUCUUCACCAUGACCAUGCCCAGCUGGUUCAGCACCAACAAGUUUGUAAAGCCGCUGGCUCAGAAGCUGUGCUCCAUCGAUCAGCUGCUCUGCAGCAAAACGUGCUAUAACUCCGUCAACCUGGGCUUCCUGAUCGAUGGUUCCAGCAGCGUUGGCGACACAAACUUCCGACUGGUGCUCAGCCUCAUUAGCUCCAUUGCCCGCAACUUUGACAUCUCCGAUAUUGGGUCACGAGUCGGAGCCAUCCAGUUCACUUAUGACCAGAGGCUGGAGUUCGGCUUCAACGAGCACACCACAAAAGACGACGCCUUGAGGGCCAUCCAGAACAUCCCGUACAUGAGCGGAGGCACGGCCACUGGCGAUGCCAUCACCUACGCUGUGGAGAAUCUCUACGUGCCUCGCUCCAUGGGCAUGGGCAAGAAGUACCUCAUUAUUGUGACGGAUGGCCAGUCUUAUGAUGAUGUCAGAGGACCUGCUAUAGCUGCUCAAAGGGCGGGCAUUACAGUGUUCACUGUGGGCGUGGCCUGGGCACCGAUGGAGGACUUGAGGGCCAUGGCAUCCGAACCCAAAGACACUCACACCUUCUUCACCCGGGAGUUCACCGGCCUCGAGCAGUUCGAGCAGCCGAUUGUACGGGGGAUCUGCAGGGACUUCACCGAGUUCAAUUAAAAACAAAAAAAUGUGUUUGCUUAGGGAGGGAGAAGAAUUCAGAAAGGUUUAAGGCAGGUGGGAGAAAGAAAAAGAAGCAAGUAAGCAAGUAAACAAGAAAGAAAGAAAUCUGACUAUUUCUACACAUACUAGAGUAAAAUUGUAGUGUUUUUCUUUUAAAUUUAGAAGUAUUCUCUAUGCAGGGAACAGCCCUUUCGUCAUAUUGUUCGUUGUCUGAGAAAAAAAAACACAAAAAAGUCUGCAUGAUUAUGUGUGCUUUAGAGAUGUGCUCAAUCUAAAGGGUGUUACAGCUUAAUCUAAGAAUGUAUAACGCUAUAUCAAACUCGACCCUCCUUCGCGGUGGAAAAUGUCAUUACUUGAGAGAUACAGCCUUGUCCUUGUAUUCUAGGAAAUAUAAAUCUUACUGUAUUCGUUUGUUUCUUUUCCGAGGUUGAGGUCCAGAAUGAAUACGAUCCGUAUCAUUUCACUGUAAGCGCUGAUAGAUCUGAAUGGUGAGAAUUAACAGUUAAUAAAGAUUUCAUUUUGAUUUCGUAGUGAUCAAUGGGGGUGCACAAGAGAUGUUUGCAAAGGACUAAAACCAAAACAGAGAGAGAGAAGCUGAGAAAGCUGAGUAACUUCUUGUGCGCACCAAAUGUAUGUAGAGCAGAGACCCAGAAAGAACACUUUUAACCAAAGCUUCACCAAAACCACGUUUUAACAUCUGUAUUACAUCUGUAUUACAUCUGUAUUAAGCUAGAUCACAUGCUCUGUACUUGGGGACCAAAACUAUGCAAAAACACUGUAGUACAUGCACACAGCCUCUUCUAUAAUUACAUCACUUCACUCUAUGUUAAUGUUAACGUCACAUAUUGUAUGUUUGGGAAUGUUUCAGUCACAGUACAUGUUUGUGUGUGUGUGUGUUGAUUUAAGGUUUUUGAGGAUCACAUCUGAAACUAUUAGCACUAAAACUGCUUUCAUCACACACGUAUACAUCAUUUUUCUUUGUCUUUUUUUUUUUUGCAUAAAUUGUACUUCAUUGUACUUAUCAAGUGUUUCCUGUAUACUCAUCUAUAUGCAUGCUUCACGGCCUUGCAAACUGAAGGGGGGGCUAUAGAGUGAUUGUACAUUUCUGUUUAAUUUAUUACUUUCUUCUAAAUAAAGGACAAGGUAUUUUUA